AUGAGAUACAAAAAUCAAAACCUUUCAAAGUUGAGGAAAGAUUGUCGCUUAAGAGAUUCAUUAUUUGUUGACCCGGAAUUCCCUACUGAUAUCAUUUAUCCCAGUCAAAGUACUCAUUUUACUAAGAAUUGCAAUAUAUCUUGGAAAAGACCAAAUGAAUUGUCCUCUAAGCCAUAUCUAUUCGGUGAUGACUCUUGUCCACCAAGUGUCUAUCAAGGCUGUCUUGGAAAUUGUUGGUUUGUAGCUGCUUGUAUUUGCCUUCGUUUGCAUAAGCAUUUGAGACAUAAAAAAAAUAAUCAGCUAAGUGAACAAGCAUUGUGUAGUGAUGAAUUGGUUGUUGGGCAUGCUUAUGCUGUUGUUGCAAUUCUCUGUCACUCAUUUGAUGAUCGUAAAAGUUCAAAGGCAUACAGUGGUCGAUAUAUAUGUCUGGCCAAUCCGUGGGAUUUAAGGACCAGUGGUCUUUCGUCAGAUAUAAAAGAUGAGAAUAAUUUGAACCAUUUUAUUACGAAGGAAAAUAAAGAUGGAGGAUUUUGGAUGGAAUUCGAUAACUUUAUCCAAGUUUUUGAUACUAUAGUAUUGUGUCACACUCCUGUGGCUCAAUCAUGCUUUAAAUUUAUUCCAGCGUUGGGUUUGUUGUAUUCUAAUGAAGUAAAUAUUUCAACAACAAAAACAACCAGAGAUGACUGUAAUGAUACCCUCGGAAGUCGUGUAACAUCAUUGUAUAGUGUUCCUGAAGAUAUUUUAUGUCAGAAAAGAUCAUGGUUUGAAAUCAGAUUUCACAACAAAUGGUCUCCUGAGUCAGAUGGUGGUUGCUUAAGUUAUUCCAACAGUUUCCUUAAAAAUCCGAAGUUCUUGAUCACUAUUCGUAAUCGAACUGGUUCCUGCUUGUUAAUCUCUUUAACACAAAAAACCAAACGAUAUACAAUACCUCAUAGUUCAACAACAGGACUAUUUCACAUUGGAAUGAGUUUGUUUCGCGUGAUAAAUCAUAACAUGAAUAAUGAUAAUAAUAAUAAUAAUCAAGUCUACUCUUCAGUUUAUCGAAAUACUCGUACAGUUUCUAUUCUUCUUUUCUUAAAUCCUGGGCGUUAUGUUCUACUCCCAACUACAUUUUAUCCAAAAUGUCAUGCCGGUUUUAUGCUGAGAUUUUUUAGUACACAUAAAAUUUCAGUGAAUCAAACACCUUUCUGUAUAGAAAAUAUUGAAACUUCCAAUUAUGAACAUUGCUGUGGGCACUUUUCAUUAGCAGUGGUGAAUAAACUGUCAACUAAAUUGAGAAUUCUAUAUUCUAAUGCACGUUCACAUGUAAAUAUGAGAAGAUGAGAAAUAUUAAUCAUACUCCCUAUCAAUGUUUAUUUGAGUAGUAUGGAGAAACAGUCAACUGCAAGCAGACAGAAUAGGAUAUUAUCGAAAUUAUUGAUGUGGAAUGGCUUUUAAAACAUUCGGAUAUAUAUGUGUGUUUGUCAUUCACUGCCACAGUUGAUUUAUACAGGAACCCAAGUAUAAUACAUUGUCAAUAUACUGCUGCAUGGGUUUUGCAAAUAGAUAGAUGACAUGCAUUUCCAAUCUGUGGAG